GUCGCAUAUGGCACAUGUACUAGCCCCACGGGCCACGAUGCAUGGAUGCUCUCACACUUCAACAUCUGAACGUUGAACGUUUGAACACCUGAACCGUCUGAAUCUAUCGAACUUGCGAUCUGAUAGUGUGAAUAAAGGGGCGCGAGUUAUGUGCGGAAAUGCGAUUCCGCUGGCAGAAAACGAAGAGUCAGGGAUACGAUUAAUAUUGUUUGUUGCGCUGGCACCAUAGGGUUGAUGCCGGUAGAUGGUUCGUCACAGCGCCAAACAAUGCGUCUGCCAUAUCACAUACCACUUCCCUUCCUUACCUUACAGAUUUUGCUUUCUUUCGACCCAUCACCUCCAUGGAACUUAUUUGGUGCCUUCGCCAUCGCCUUGUUCUGCUUGCUCAUCAUAAACUCGAGCGUGUUUGUGAGCUUGAAUAUUGAUACUGGCGUCGGCUACGUGGACUACUUGCUAGGAUCUAUUGUCAUGGCCUAUGCAGUGCAAAGCUUUUAUUUGCUCUUACUGGGGAGACCAUUGAAAAAUCUCAAGUCUGUAGAGGACAAGAACAAGAACGAAAAAGUGCACGAACAUUGGUGGAAAAGGAUCCUCCACCUUGUUUGUCUCAUGCAAUCACCGCGGGGAGUUGGAUGGAACCAUCAGGUGAAACACGUUCCUGCUGCCCCACAACAACCCAGAUAUUUGUUCAUCCUCACCUCCUCCCUGCGUGCUGCCUGCCACGUAGUCCUAUUUGAAGUCGCGCGACUGUAUGUUUGGUACAACCCUGCGUGUUCAUCGGUUACGGUUGAGACACGAAGCUAUGUGGCGCGGUGUGCUGACACAAUUGCAUUCAUUGGGCUUACAUACUGGGCCUUGAACGCUUGCUACUUCGCAAUGGCAGCAGGGAGUGUUGCUCUCGGAUUGCACGAGCCAAGAAUGUGGCCUGAUUUGUUUGGGUCUUGGCGAGAUGGGUAUACCGUUCGACGAGCUUGGGGGAGGACAUGGCAUCAGAUCUUGAAAUGGUUACUCGCCCCUCUUGGUAAAGCGGCAUCAUCUGCCCUUGGGUUCAAGCGAGGUACACUAGGAUCACUAUAUGCACAGAUCUACGUUGCGUUCUUAUUCUCGGGCCUCGUACAUACAGGAGGGGAUAUCGUGCUCUCUGGGUCCUUUACCUCCGCUGUCUCGCGACCGUUUUUCUCGAUGCCAUUCUUUUUCAUGCAAGCAGUCGUUAUUACCCUUGAAGACGUGUUAAUCCGGACCGGAAGACGACUGGGAGUUAAGGACAGCUUUUGGACGAGAGCCUUGGGGUUUGUUUGGGUCGCGAUAUGGUUUGGGUGGUGUGUGCCCGGAUUUGCCGAGGAUAUGAUCAGGGCAGGUGGGGGGAUAAGGAAGUCUGCCAGCAGAGUGGAUGGAAAUCAUAUGAGCCCCAAUCUGGUGCAAGCCGCGAUGGUUGGAUUGAUUGGAUUUGAUGUCGGGGAGUUUGCUGAAUCAUGGUUUUGGGAAUGAACUGAGAUGGAUGCUAGGGUUCGUGACAUAACCUUGUUUACCGCUUACGAUGAUCACCUGAAUGUCCGUAAUGGUCGUGCUGGCACUUGGAAGGGCGAAUGUCGGCGUAGGGUAAUUACUAACUGGAUAAACGGCGCUGACUCCGACUCACAGCAUGUAUUUAUUGUGCCUG